AUGUUCAGGUAUCGGUUUCCAAUUCACAAAAAAUGCAUCGUCCACACCCGCUGUUUCCAAAUUAGACUUUUCAGCGCGACUACUACUUCAUCUCCCUUUCUCCGAUCAUCCGAAAAGGAACAUGCUCAGCAUGCUGGCAAUCAUUACGUACAAGUGCCUAAUCGCAGUCUUAUUGAAAUAGAGGGCAAUGAUUCAGCAAAAUUCCUCCAAGGCCUUGUCACAAAUAACAUGAAUACAUUACAGUCAGGUGGAGAUGGAUUCUACACUGCAUUCCUCAACUCGCUCGGGCGAGUACUAUACGAUGCUUUCAUAUAUCCAAAAAAUAUAAAUCGAACAUUUCCUCAUCCUAUAUAUCUCAUCGAAUGCGACUCGGCUGUAUUAUCCUCCCUCGAAACCCAUCUCAAUAAAUACAAGCUUCGUUCAAAAGUAACCAUAAAAGAUGUAUCUAGCGAAUACAACAUUUGGAACGUAUGGGGAGAUGAUGUAAAUAACCUCUGGUGGAGAAGACUGAUCCCCAACCCAACAGCUAAUAAAAUUACGGCAAGCGAAUUAGUAUUGAAAGAAGGUAUAGACGAAAUAGGAUGUAGAGAUCGACGGUAUCCUGGAAUGGGACUCAGAUUAGUGUUGUCAUCUGAGAAGAAAAAGCCGCCACUUCCAUCCCAAUUUACGCAACUACAUUCAGAAGAAUAUACCAUACGAAGAAUACUCCAUGGUGUGCCCGAGGGAAUAAUCGACUUUCCACCUGGCGAGGCUCUUCCGUUACAAUCUAAUUUCGAUUACAUGGAUGGAAUUGAUUUUCGAAAAGGCUGUUACUUGGGACAAGAACUGACUUUUCGAACUUAUCAUACUGGUGUCACACGGAAACGCAUUUUACCCGUUCAAUUUUAUGGAUCUAAUGACGCAAGGCCGGACCGAUUGUCCAUCGACCGUACGAUUGAAAACUUGAACAUACAUCCGGGGAGUGUUAUUUAUUCGUCAAAGGACACAAAGAGAAAAGAGUUGGGUAGGACCAGAGUAACAAUAUGCAAUGCUGGAUUGGCACUAUUCAGAUUGGAUGCGUUGGAAAAGGAAGAUUUGAUCGUCACGAGUGGCGAUAGUGGUGGGAACGGAGGGAAAAAAGAUAAAGAACAAGUCCGAAAAGAAGAUGAAUUCAGAGUGAGGCCGUUUUUACCUGAUUGGUGGCCAAAGUUAGAAGCACAAGGAGAGUGA